UAAAAAAGUACAGAAGAAAGAAAGAAAAUAGAAAAUACGAUCGCCUUUUAUAAAAAAAAAAAAAAAUCGAUUCAUUUCUACUCAAUUUCAUCAAAUCUGAAUUCCCUCAAUUUUAAUUUAUCGAUCGGAAAAAAAAAUACAGCGAAAGAUCAAAAGAUCAGAAGAGGGGAAAAAGAAAGUAAAAAAAAGCUAUGUUCAGAUUCGAAUUUGAAAAGAUCAGGAAACGAAUUUGAUUUAAUCAAGGAUUUUUUUUUUUGUUUUUUAAUUUCUGUUAUGGCCGACGCGCUCUCCGUGAUUCCCACCUCCGUUCUCCGUAAUCUCUCCGACAAGCUGUACGAGAAGCGCAAGAAUGCGGCCCUUGAGGUUGAAGGAAUUGUGAAACAGCUAGCUUCGUCUGGAGAUCACGAGAAGAUAUCGGCGGUGAUCAAUUUGUUGACAACGGAAUUUACCUACUCGCCACAAGCCAAUCACCGGAAGGGAGGUUUGAUAGGUUUAGCUGCUGCCACUGUUGGGUUGAGUUCCGAAGCCACCCAACAUCUUGAGCAAAUUGUGCCACCAGUGCUUAAUUCUUUUUCUGACCAAGAUGGCAGAGUUCGUUAUUAUGCUUGUGAAGCUCUAUAUAACAUUGCAAAGGUUGUCCGAGGAGAUUUUAUUAUAUUCUUUAAUCAGAUAUUUGAUGCUUUAUGCAAGCUAUCUUCUGACCCAGAUGCCAACGUACAGAGUGCUGCUCACCUUUUAGAUAGGCUUGUGAAGGACAUUGUUACUGAAAGUGACCAGUUCAGUAUUGAAGAAUUUAUACCAUUGUUGAGAGAGCGCAUAAUUGUCCUGAAUCCCCAUGUCCGUCAGUUUUUGGUUGGAUGGAUAACUGUACUGGAUAGUGUUCCAGACAUUGACAUGUUGGGUUUCCUCCCCGAUUUUCUUGAUGGUUUGUUUAAUAUGUUAAGUGAUUCUAGUCAUGAAAUACGGCAACAAGCUGAUUCAGCACUUUCAGAGUUUCUCCAAGAGAUUAAGAACUCUCCAUCUGUAGAUUAUGGUCGCAUGGCUGAAAUACUGGUGCAAAGGGCAGCUUCUCCUGAUGAAUUCACUCGGUUAACAGCUAUCACUUGGAUAAAUGAGUUUGUAAAACUUGGUGGAGACCAGCUUAUUCCUUACUAUGCUGACAUACUGGGAGCCAUUCUCCCCUGCAUAUCUGAUAAAGAAGAGAAAAUUAGAGUGGUUGCUCGUGAAACCAAUGAGGAGCUUCGUGCAAUCCAGGCUGAUCCGGUAGAAGCUUUUGAUGUGGGAGCCAUUCUCUCCAUUGUGAGGAGGCAACUGGAUAAUGAGUGGGAGUUCACUAGAAUUGAAGCAUUGCACUGGAUAUCAACCCUUUUAAACAGACAUCGUGCUGAGGUCUUGUGUUUUCUAAAUGACAUAUUUGAUACCCUUUUGAAAGCACUAUCUGACUCUUCUGAUGAGGUGGUGCUCCGGGUUCUUGACAUUCAUGCAUGCAUAGCACAAGAUCCCCUACACUUCCGCCAGCUUCUUGUUUUUCUGGUGCAUAAUUUUCGGGUUGAUCAUUCUCUUCUGGAGAGGCGUGGUGCUUUGAUAAUCCGUAGACUUUGUGUUCUCCUGGAUGCUGAAAGGGUCUAUCGUGAGCUAUCCACCAUACUAGAGGGAGAAGCAGACCUAGAUUUUGCCUGCAUUAUGGUCCAGGCUUUGAAUUUAAUUCUACUCACUUCUUCUGAGCUAUCCAAGCUUCGGAAACUUUUGAAACAGUCACUGGUUAAUGCAGCUGGAAAAGAUUUAUUUGUUUCUUUGUAUGCUUCAUGGUGCCAUUCACCCAUGGCAAUCAUUAGUCUUUGUUUAUUAGCUCAGACAUACCAGCAUGCAAGUGCUGUGAUUCAAUCGCUGGUCGAGGAAGAUAUUAAUGUCAAAUUCUUGGUCCAACUCGAUAAAUUGAUUUGCUUGCUCGAAACUCCAAUCUUCACUUAUCUCAGAUUGCAGCUUCUUGAACCUGGAAGAUAUAUAUGGUUGCUGAAAGUGUUGUAUGGUCUUUUAAUGCUACUUCCACAGCAAAGUGCUGCAUUCAAGAUAUUGCGAACACGUUUAAAAACUGUGCCGUCAUACUCCAAUGGUGAUCAACUCAAACAAGCAUCAUCAAGCAACCCAUACUUCCAAAUUUUACAUCACACUGGAUCACAAAUCACUGAGGAUGGUGACAUAAACCAAGGUAAUGAGAAUUUACAGAAUGGAAUUAAUUUUGCUUCAAGGCUGCAACAGUUUGAGCAAAUGCAGCAUCAACACCGAAUGCUUGUGAAAUCACAAGCACAAUCAUGAAACAGUUCCCCUUCAUUAUCUAAGGAGGGCCCAAAACCAGAAUCCCGGCAAUCUCCAACAUCAGACACAUGCAGGCCUCCUUCGAGAUCAUCUAGAAGAGGCCCAGAGCAGUCGCAGAUUUAAUAGUUAUUGCUGCUGCUUAUUGAUAGUUCAAGGUCAAUUGUAAUAUCAUCUCAAGAUGCUUGAGCCACGGGUGAGAUCUGAUAUAGUUUGUACAUUGUAUAUCAUAGCAGUUUGUUUCUAUUAAACUCGAGUGGAGGUUGGGAGAUGGUGAAAAUCGGGUUCUGAAUAUAAGCUUGGAGGCGUUCCAAGCUAUUCGUUUUUCCUUUGUAAACAGGAUACGCCCAUGUGGUUCUGUUAUUAUUAUUAUUUUUUUAUUAAAAA